AUGAGUGAAGAGUUAGCAAACAUGCCAAUGUGCAAAAACGUGGACAUUCUCAGACAUAGCACGGCGAAUCCGGUGUUGUUUCAGCGUGCAAAUAUUGCUUUCUGGUAUCUAGGUGGGUAUAUCGUUCACCACUUGCAAAGAAUUCUAGAUGUAUCGCAUGACUGGCGAACAGGAUUGGUUGACGACGGUGACGAUUGCGAACGGACUGAAACAACAGCUCAAGCCAGCAGCCAGCCGGCCAUGCUCUGGUGUCAGCUGCCGCAAAACGAAAGUGCGGCAGCUGCGCCGACAAUAAACCCGUUUGACGAGACGUCGGAGGAGGAGAAUGAUGAGGAGGAAUAA